AAUAUAGUCACUGUGCAGUGUGCAGCGCUGCAGUCCAUGGUACUGACUUUUGACAUGAAAAUAUUGUUCAUGUUAGAAAGUAGAGUGUUUAAGCGUGAUACGUAAUACCAAUCACAUGCUUAUCUGAACAGAUUGACGAAGAUGUUUGCUAAAGCGUUUCGUGUCAAGUCUAAUACCGUAAUAAAAGGAUCUGACAGGAGGAAACUCAAGACAGAUAUAGCUGCUGCCUUUCCCUCAUUGUCUGCUGAGGAGGUGUCCGAGUUGGUCCCAAACAAGGAGGAACUGAACGUAGUGAAGGUUUAUGCACACAAAGGAGAUGCAGUUACACUCUAUGUGCUUCAUAAGAACCCAAUGUUCUUUGAAGUUGACAAGCAUCUCUUUCCCACAGUGUAUACCCUUUGGCGUUAUCCCAGUGCCUUGCCAACAUUCAUGACAUGGCCUGCAGUGCUCCAGAAGUUAAUUGGAGGGGCAGAUCUCAUGCUGCCUGGAGUGGUAGUGCCUUCAUGUGGCCUCCCAGAGGUGAAACAGCAUGACUGUUGUGCAGUUACAGUGGUCAGCAGCAGGGCUCCAGUGGCAGUGGGCACUGCCACCACGUCAAGUGCAGACAUGCGGGGUGUGGGUAUGAAGGGAAGAGGGGUGUCAGUCCUUCACACGUACAUGGACACAUUGUGGGCGUUCGGAGACAAGUCUGCCCCCCCCUCCAUUCCUCAUGUGGACAUUGAAGGUUUGCAGGAGCUGGAGGGCGAUAGUGGUGGAGAAGAGAGGGACGAGGAGUCAAAGAAAGAGGAAGAUGAACCAUGUCCCAAUUCUAAAUGCGAUCAGGCUGCAGAUGCAUCCUGUCCCAAUGUCCAGGAACUGAGCCUUUGUGACAGAGAGCAGGAGGGGGGGGAGCAGGGCAUGGAGGAGACAGAAGAAGACCCAGAGGAACAGAGAACACCACAAGAACAGAUGGAUGCACUGCUGCUGCAAUGUUUUCUCCAUGCGCUUAAGAGCAAGGUGAAGAAAUCAGAGCUUCCCCUGCUGACCAGCACUUUCUUGCGCAUCCAUAUGGUCUCCUGCUGUCCAAGUGGAAAGCAACUUGAUAUUAAGAAAUCCAGCUUUAAGAAGUUAUCCAAGUUCCUGCAGAGCAUGCAGCAGCAGCGCGGCCUGGUGCGAGUGAAGGAGCUGAGCAAGGGAGUAGAGAGCAUUGUGGAGGUGGACUGGAAGAACCAAGAACUGCGCCGCUUCCAAGCCCCUGAGGAUUCUGUGGUAGAGGAGGCUUCAGUAGAGGUGGGAGGGGAAGGAGAGAAGCCGUACCAUCCCCCUGAGAUCAGCAUGCUCUUCUCUGUGUCUGCUCGCCUUCAGCCCCUCUUCAUUGAUGCCAAUAAGAGAAAAGGGGCAGUGCUUCAGCCGGCGGAAGUAAGAAAUAUUAUCACAGACUUUGUCAAGAGGAAUGAGUUGGUAGAUGAGAAUAAUAAGAAUUACGUCAUUAUCAACCCGACCCUCUGUGACUGCCUGCUGGAGAAGUCAGAGUACCAGGAAGUAGAGGCCCUCAAGUGGGAUGAUCUGUUUAGCAGGACACUAGACAAAAUGCAACAAUGCCAUCAGAUGGUGUUCCCUGGCUGUGCACCUGUAAUCAAGAAGGGCCACAUAGAGCCCAUUGACAUUUCUGUGGCCUCCAGGGGGUCCAACAAGAAGGUGACUUUGAUAAAGAAUCUGGAGCUAUAUGGUCUGGACCCCACAGCUGUGUCCGCAGCCUUGCAGCGCAGGGUCCAGGCCAGCUCAGUUCUGAACCCUAUCCCUGGUUCUAAGGAAAAAGUCGUAGUCCAAAUCCAGGGCAACCAGGUCCAGCAUGUAGGAAAACUGCUGCUAGAUUACUAUCAAAUUCCUCACAAGUACAUCCAGGGACUUGACAAAGCUACAAAACCUGGCAAGAAGAAAUAGCACAACCUGACUAUUAUCCACUGUAAGAGGAAGUCAGAUAGCACCAAAAAAUGUUCUCCACCAUCUAUACAUAUACUGUAUAUUGUAUAUAAAAAUAACCAAUUGCAUUUGUGGAAUAAAGUCAAAAAUAUAA